AUGGCUGAGGAGUUCAUGGAAUCCGAGGUUGUCUUCUCCGACAGCACCAUCCACGAGGAGGUCAAGGUGCCGCAGCCCCCGCCGCGGAGGCUGCCCAAUUCCAAGCCUGUCACUAUACCCGAGAGGAUGGUUCGAAGGUGGGGCUCCGCCGAGGUGGAAGAGGAGGCGGAGGAGAUGACGCCUCCGCACGAGAUCUUGAGGCGGAGGGUGGCUGCAAAAAUGGCUUUCUCUGUCUGCACUGGGAAUGGGAGGACUUUGAAAGGACGAGAUUUGAGUCAGACUUCUUAUAUUCUGGGGAGUGCUUGCUUCUGCGAUGCUCUAAGGUGUGCGCAGUGCACCCACUUCUCGUUCAAUCUUCUCUAA